AUGUCUUCCUAUGCCCUCUCCGAGACUCACAAGACCAUGCUCGAGCAGAGCUUGGUCGAGUCCGACCCCCAGGUCGCCGAGAUCAUGAAGAAGGAGAUUCAGCGUCAGCGCGAGUCCAUCAUCCUCAUCGCCUCCGAGAACGUCACCUCGCGUGCCGUCUUCGAUGCCCUCGGCUCCCCCAUGUCCAACAAGUACUCUGAGGGUCUCCCCGGCGCCCGCUACUAUGGUGGUAACCAGCACAUCGACGAGAUCGAGGUGCUCUGCCAGAACCGUGCCCUCGAGGCCUUCCAUCUCGACCCCAAGAAGUGGGGUGUCAACGUUCAGUGCUUGUCCGGCAGCCCUGCCAACCUCCAGGUCUACCAGGCCAUCAUGCCCCCUCACGGCCGUCUCAUGGGUCUUGAUCUCCCCCACGGUGGCCAUCUUUCCCACGGUUACCAGACUCCCCAGCGCAAGAUCUCUGCUGUCUCUACCUACUUCGAGACCAUGCCCUACCGCGUCGACAUUGACACCGGCAUCAUUGACUACGAUACCCUCGAGAAGAACGCCCAGCUCUUCCGCCCCAAGAUCCUUGUCGCCGGUACCUCUGCCUACUGCCGUCUGAUUGACUACGAGCGCAUGCGCAAGAUUGCCGACUCCGUUGGCGCCUACCUUGUCGUCGAUAUUGCUCACAUUUCCGGCCUCGUUGCCUCCGAGGCUAUCCCCUCGCCCUUCCUCUACGCCGAUGUCGUCACCACCACCACUCACAAGUCCCUCCGUGGCCCCCGUGGCGCCAUGAUCUUCUUCCGUCGUGGUGUCCGUUCCGUUGACGCCAAGACCGGCAAGGAGACCCUCUAUGACCUUGAGGACAAGAUCAACUUCUCCGUCUUCCCUGGUCACCAGGGUGGCCCCCACAACCACACCAUCACCGCCCUUGCUGUUGCCCUUAAGCAGGCUGCCUCUCCCGAGUUCAAGGAGUACCAGCAGAAGGUCGUUGCCAACGCUAAGGCUCUCGAGAAGAAGCUCAAGGAGCUCGGCUACAAGCUCGUCUCUGACGGCACUGACUCUCACAUGGUCCUCGUCGACCUCCGCCCUCUCAGCGUUGAUGGUGCCCGUGUUGAGUUCCUCCUUGAGCAGAUCAACAUUACCUGCAACAAGAACGCCGUUCCCGGCGACAAGAGUGCCCUCACCCCCGGCGGUCUCCGUAUUGGUACCCCCGCUAUGACCUCCCGUGGCUUCGGCGAGGCCGACUUCGAGAAGGUCGCCACCUACGUCGAUGAGGCCGUCAAGCUCUGCAAGGAGAUUCAGGCUUCCCUCCCCAAGGAGGCUAACAAGCAGAAGGACUUCAAGGCUAAGAUCGCCGCUGGCGAUAUUCCCCGCAUCAACGAGCUCAAGCAGGAGAUUGCUGCCUGGAGCAACACCUUCCCCCUCCCCGUUGAGGGCUGGAGGUACGAUGCCGGUCUCUAA